GACGUAAAUGUAAAUACGCGAUCGAUUGUGUUUACUCGAUUAGACAGACUUGUUCGACUACUAGAUUAAUUGACUAGAUCACAGCGUCGAACUAGCUGAAUAGGGACUUGAAUUAGCCCGAGCAGCGUGAUUUUGACACAUUGCCUGCUAGCUAAAUAUCUUACGGGAUCAUUUCGGUUCUUAUGGGGAACAAAGAUCGUUUCUAUAAUUUGUCACCAAAAAAAGCAAACGUGAGCUAAACCCGAAUGCUUCAUUGGAAGCAAGCGUUAGCAUUGUUGGCUUGCCUGCUAGCUAGCUAACGUUAGCGAAUGGAGUUUUGUUUGAUGAGCUACAUGUAAAGUACCUAUCUGAGAAUGCUGAACAAAUCAGUUACUUGCUAUUUAAUUUUGUAAAUUGAAGUUACCUAGCUAACAGUUGGUUUAGCUACAUAUAUGUAUGUACAGCUAGUGGUUAUAGCUAGCAUACCAGUUGAAAAAGUGUGUCAAUUGAUUCGUCUCGUCUGGCAUGAUGGUGAUCUCUAGCUAGCUACGUUAGCUACACAGAGCUCGCCACUCUUCGGUUGAUUCGUUGUUAAAUCGCACAAUUUUGAUUGGUCUGUCACGAUGGAUCUUCAUUUUUACUCUGAACUCUCCGAUGGCAUUGAUCAGAUUGUCGACCCGGAGUUCUUGGAACCACAGGCUUAUAAUGGAUACGACCAAGUUAACAAGUUUCCAGGGGGCAGUGAUAAUUACCUGACCAUAUCUGGGGCAGGUCAUCCUUUUCUCUCCUCUGAGCAGACAUUCCAUACCCCCAGUCUUGGUGAUGAGGUGUUUGAGAUCCCUCCCAUCUCCCUGGACCCGGACACGGCCCUCAGUGUGGGGGACGUGGUGUCCCAUUUUGGGGAACUGUCAGGUGGAGCAGGGGGUCUCUCGGGGGCUGGAAGCCUGGCGAGGAAUGCUGUGGUGGGGGGCAAUGACCCCUCCUUUGCCUCCACCUACGUGAACACAACCUCUCAGGGCCUGGAGCACCUGAGUUUGGGGGUGAUGAGCCAGCCUGGAGGGGGGGCCCUACUCAGUUCAACACUGGGGGUGGAACUUGGCCACUCCAUUGGCUCCCAUUUCAGCAGCUCCUCUCCAAUGACCAUCGAUGUCCCACUUGGUGACAUGAAUCAUGGCCUAUUGGGACACAAUCAGCUAACCACUAUUGACCAAUCGGAGCUGAGCGCCCAGCUCGGGCUUGGCCUUCAUGGUGGGAACAUUCUGUCUCGUUCCAAAUCACCUGACCAGCUGUCUGCCACACCCUCUCCAGCGGGCUCCCUCCAGGAUGAUGACAUGGAUGACUUCAGGAGUGUGCUGGUCGACUCUCCGAUGUCCCUGUCUGUCUCCCCUGCGGUACUCUCCCACAUCUCCACCAUGCCGGGCUCUUCCGCCAUGCUCUCCUCCUCAGUCUCCCCUGCCUUGGUGAGGCGUGGCGGGGGCAAGCCGGCCACUAUGGCAGGGCCUGGAGGAGGGAAGAAGGGGAAGAAGAAGAAAGAUCCCAACGAGCCCCAGAAACCCGUCUCUGCCUACGCCCUGUUCUUCAGGGACACUCAGGCUGCCAUCAAGGGCCAGAACCCCAACGCCACAUUUGGAGAGGUGUCCACGAUAGUAGCCUCCAUGUGGGACAGUCUUGGGGAAGAGCAGAAACAGGUGUAUAAGAGAAAGACGGAAGCAGCGAAAAAGGAAUACCUGAAGGCACUAGCAGCUUACAGAGCCAAUCAGCUCUCACAGCCCUCCAUUGAAGUGAUGGACACAGCUUCUUCACCAUCACCUCCUCCAAUACCUGAGCCAGUGCCUGUGGCCCCCCUGGCUCCCGCCCGCCCCUCCCGUCUUCCCCAGCACAACGCAGACCAGAAUACCAUCACCAACAUCUGCGCCUCCAACAUCAUUCUGGACGUCCCCCAGGUCACCACGCGCUCCCGCACAGGAGCUUACAAGCCCCCUACCCUGGGCGCCACAGCCACCCCGACCCCGACCCUGACCCCCACCAUCACCAAGAUCAUCAUCUCCAAACAGAUGCUCCAGGCCGGGGCUAAGCUCCACCAGAUACCCACCUCCAUGGUGACGGUGCUCCCAAGCGGCGUGCGCACCCUGCUGCCCUCAGCCCCACGCCAGCCCCCUCCUUUGCAGCAGAUGCAGAACGCCCCUCCUCCCCCGCGGCUCCAGCAGAUGGUACACUCCCCAGCCCCACCUCCCCUACAGGCCAAGCCCCGAGGAGGAAGUGCUGGGCCGGGGCUUCCUGUGUCCAUCCCCGCCACACCUCCCCCUCCACUACAGAUCAAGAUUGUCCCGGCCUCUUUGCAGGCAGACGCAUCCUUGCCCAUUAUUGUUACGACAACCGCAACCGCCCACUCAAUUGGUGUCACCACUUCUGCUGUGCCUACAUCGGCAUACUCCACCCCUACAGUGGCUCUGCAGUUGGCGAAGUCCACUGACCUGACGGCCAGUGCAGAUGAGGAUUCGGUUACGGAAGAGUUCACUUCGGGAGAGAUGGAAAUGGAGUUCAAUGUGUCUCCACGUGCCACGGACGCUACUUCUGGCCCCCUGACUCUGUGUGUACGCGCAGGAUGCACCAACCCUGCAAUAGAGAGCACGGACUGGGACAAAGAGUACUGCAGCAAUGAAUGUGUCGCCACUCAUUGCAGGGAUAUCUUCAUGGCCUGGUGCUCCAUCAGGAAUCAGAACACCAUGGUUGUCAAGUAAAGACCGGCCACACCCAGACAAGGGGAGAAUUGUGAUUUGUGUCUUGUUGGGUCAGGGGUGAUAACAGGCCUAAGGUAGACUAAGUGGGGUGAGAGGAAGAGAUGGAGUUUGGAGGAGAGGAGAGCAACUGGAGAAAAGAAGAGUGCCAUGUACCACAAAGCGAUCCAGUGGAAAUAAAUAAUCAACAUAAGACAUGGGAUUCAUUUAGAGGUAAAUGGACUGUGGAUGAGAUAGAACGUGAGAGGACAGGGAGUGAAGUAUAUCUUUUUUGUGUAUUAUAUGUUUUAUUGUUUGGACAUGCAUACCUUUAACGGGUCCAUUCACACUGAUCGUGUUAUGAGAGGAUGUAUACCAUAUGAAGGGACCUGAAAUCAUAGUGGGAUUCCAAAGGGUUCUAUUCCAGAGGGUACAUUGGAACAUAGUGCCACUAGUCGUGACACGUGUUAACAUAAACUACAUGACCAAAGGUAUGUGGACUCUCAUUCCAAAUUCAUGGGCAUUUAUAUGGAGUUGGUCCCCUCUUUUG